AUGCGUGCAGGUGCUGUUGCUGCAGCAGCAGCAGCAGCAGCUGCUGCUGCUGCUGCUGCUACCAACGAAGAAAGAAGACUUGCAGAGGAGCCGCUGCAACCUGGGGCUCGAGAUGACAUUGUUUGUUUGCACUUCAUCAGCGCUCGUUCCCUUCAGCAGCAACUAAAGCAGCAGCAGCCGCGUAAGCCGCAGCAGCAACAGCAACAGCAGCAACAGCAGCAACAGCAGCAAAGACAGCAACAGCAGCAGCAGCAGCAGCAGCAGCAGUAA